CCCAGUGAAGAAAGGGAAAGUAUGAACAUUUAAGUGUGAUGAUUAGGAACAAGACGGCUUAUCGUAUUCUAUGUGAGGAGAGGGAACACGAGAAUGCUAUCCCGGUGUACAUUCAGAUGACACUGGGAGGUCUAGGAAACAUUCUAGCGAUUGUUUUACUCCUAGUGAGUCGACAUGAACACAAAUUCCAGUCCUUCUAUAUUCUUUUUACUGGUCUGGUAAUCACGGAUUUAAUAAAUAAUGCCGUUUGCUAUCCUUUAAUUCUUCAAAGGUACAUUUCCCAUUUUACGUGGUGUCUUUCCUAUGAACUUUGUGAUUUUCUUUCGUUCCUGGAAACAUUUUCACAUUUGGCUUCAGGAAUGUUCAUUUGUGUUAUGACCAUGGAUAGGUAUUUAUACAUUCAACGACCACCCUCAGAAAUGGCUGUUAACUCUAGACUGAAAUACAUCGGUGUAUUGUGUGCUUUAUUAUGUAUAACGGUUGCAAUAUCAAUUUUACAUGUGAUGGGACUCGGAAACAGUCAGUUGUACUACCCGGGAUCUUGGUGUUUUCUGGAUUUUACCAGCAAAACUUUGGGAAAUAAAGUUAAUGCCUUAAUCUAUUCCGUGUUUGGAAUCUCAAUUAUGAUUGUGACAGUCAUCAUAGGUUUCAAAACUGUGAUCAUGAGUUGUAGAAACACGGAGUACCAAGCAUUACUUCUCGAUAACAAUCUAGUAACAGGAAUAUAUGACACUCACGUGACCAAGUUCUUGGUCAUUUCUAUGUUUACAUUUGUUUUCCUUUGGGGACCCCUUUUGAUCGACAUUUUUCUCCACGCAACAAAUUUGACGAAAGGAAACAACAAAAAAGAACUGUGGUUUAUUCGUUUAAUGUAUCUGAACUCUCAAAUUAAUCCUUGGCUCUACGUUAUCCUCCGAAGAGAAAGUUUGCGCCGAAUAUUCCUAAUGAUGAUGCAGUGUAGAAAACUCUUCUCUAGAAAUGAAGAAGAAUCUAGAUACGAGGAAGUUCAAAGUUUUGCUAGUAUCGAACAUGAAUAAUAAAGACACUAGUGUGGUGUUCGACUUCUCUGUGAGUUACAAGUCACCUCUCGUACCUCAACCCCCCAUCCUAGAGAGAGAGAGAGAGAGAGACUGCCAAGAUGCUGACCGUAAAGCAUGGUGUAUCGUUGAAUGUUUUUACAACCGUUAGUACUGUUUAUCAUAUAUAGAUCAUUUUGUUGUUUAUUAUAUUAACAUGAUGAUUUGUUCGAUUGUUAAAUUACAAAGUUAAGGCAGAAGCCAA